AUGGCCUCGCCACCAGGGGCCGCAGCUGGAGGAUGGCACACGAGGAUGUCGGACCAGCCCUUCAAGUGCUCGGAGCCGCGCUGCAAGCUGGGGUGGGAGUACCUCGAGUAUCGAGAGGACAAGGAGAAGGCCCUGCGGGCUGUUGGCCGCAGGUUUGGCGACCAUGCCCCCUACAUUCCUCUCGGGCACCCUCCAGACCGAGCGAGAAGGCACAAGGGAAAUUAUGGAUGGACGCUGAGGAAGAUGUUGUGGGCUCUGGAGGAGUUCUACGUCAUUGGCACCUUUGUCCCCAUCGCUCCAGAGAUCGCGGUAGCUGGGCGGCGCGAGACGGAGUACCCGGAGCCUCUGUACGUGGCAGCCAGCAGUCAAGGGGUGUAG